AUGAUUCUUCAAUCUUGUCAGACCAAAGAUGAGAUCGUCAAGUUCAUAAAUGGUGUCAUUGAACCUGAGACUGAAACGUUCAAUCUGGCCCUUUUUUCUUCGUCUGGUGUCACGACCUGGUGCCCACAAUUCCAGAACAAGGCGGACCCCAAGAAAGGAUUGGCAGACUCAAUCAAGUGGCUAAACAAGAACUUCACGGCCAAGAGCUGUGCUGCUCAAGCAUGGCCACCUGAUUGGGCAGCCGCCUUGCAGAAGUUCAUCGCGGAAGGUGUAGCGCUUCCAUGGCGAAUAUACCUUUGCUGUUCAAGGGCUCCAGAGGGAAAAUCUGAGGAGAUCUUGGAACUUGUCGCAAGUCUGCGGAGUUCCAACGACUCUCCAGCCAAGGGUGAGCCAGUCCUACCAAUCAACAUCGUGGCGUUUGAUCCUAGCAUUGUUGGGAACGACGACGAAAAGGCCUUCUUCACAGAGAUUGGGGGGCCUCAUGGCAGCUUUCUCAUAGACACCUCCGCGGAGGAUCUUGUUGCUUUGGACAAGAUGCUGAAGGCCGUUCAGGUAAAGAGGAAGCAACUGGACAAACUGAACAAGAAGCUUGACAAGAUGGAAGACCUUUCAGAGCGAGUUGCAGAAGACAGAGCUUUGCUUCAGAUGCAAAUAGCGCUGAACAACAUGCUGUCCAACGACCUGGAACUCUGUGACUGGGCCCUGAAGAACGAGGCAAGGCCUGUGGAAUCUUUUGAGGUAUGA